AGGGACACGAGCUUUAUCAUUUGGCCCUUCCUCUUCUUCUGUUAACUUGUGGAGCUUGUUGUUGGCCAUGGCGAGCGAACCCAAUGGCAGCUGCAACAAGGGUUUUGCUGACAGCUAUAUGUUGCUGAACCCAAACGACGCUCGUUUCUUCGAUCUUCUUCAUGUGCUGUAUUCCCGAAAAUUAGGAAACCGAAAAUUUGUGGACAGCAACGCCGAGGGAGAUUACGAGGGAAGCUUCCGCCACAGAUGGCUUAUCUUCGUCUCCGUCGUGCUGCAGAAGCUUCUCUUGUUCGUCGCGAAGCCACUUUCGUUAUUCGGCUCUUUCAUGGAGUUCCUCAUCAACCUCGUUUACCUAAACGGCGGUUUCAUCAUGAUUGUCGUGAACUUCCUCACAGGUAAUUUGUUUGAAUGUAUAAUCCAUAGAUCUGAGGCUAUUUUUGAGCGGUCAACUGGACGGUCUCGUGGUUUUGGAUAUGUUACAUUUGCUUCAGUGGAUGAUGCUAAGGAAGUAUUAUCAAGUGAACACAUUCUUGGUAAUAGGACACUGGAAGUCAAAGUGGCUACACCGAAGAAGCUGCUUUCCGAAGGUUNGGAACCCUUUGAUGCAGAUGCAUGGUGCACCGACCUUGACAUCUCGUGGUAUGGGAUUCCCGGCGUCGGAAAAAUGCACGGCGGCUUUAUGAAAGCUUUAGGGUUACAGAAAAACGUGGGGUGGCCAAAGGAGAUCCAAAGGGACGAAAAUCUUCCCCCAUUGGCUUACUAUGUUAUCAGAGACAUUUUAAGGAAAGGUUUGAGUGAAAAUCCCAAAGCAAAGUUCAUUAUUACGGGUCACAGUUUGGGAGGAGCACUCGCAAUUCUGUACCCUACGAUCAUGUUCUUACAUGAUGAGAAGUUGCUGAUAGAGAGGUUGGAAGGGAUCUACACGUUUGGGCAACCAAGAGUUGGAGACGGAGCAUAUGCAGACUUCAUGAGACAAAAAUUGAGGGAGAAUUCUAUUAGGUAUUGCAGGUUUGUUUAUUGCAACGACAUAGUUCCGAGGUUGCCAUACGAUGAUAAGGAUUUGCUGUUCAAGCACUUUGGGGUCUGCCUUUUCUUUAACAGGCGAUAUGAACUCAGAAUUAUGGAAGAAGAGCCGAACAAGAACUAUUUCUCGCCAUGGUGUGUGAUACCAAUGGCGUUCAAUGCUGUUUUGGAACUAAUAAGGAGCUUUACCAUUGCCCGAAAACAUGGAGCUCACUAUAGAGAAGGAUGGUUUCUGUUUGGAUUCAGAUUAUUUGGUUUGGUGCUACCUGGCUUACCUGCUCAUGCUACACAAGAUUAUAUUAAUUCCACUCUCCUCGGAUCAAUUGAAAAGCACUUUAAAGCAGAUUGAUGGAUGCGUCCAUGGAAGUCACUUACUACAACUAUUUCCUUAAUAAGCUACCCAGCCUUAAAGUCUGUUUCAUUUGCUGCAUGGUUUAUGCUAAUGCCAAGUUCUCCCUUUCACCUUUUUUCUUCUUCUGGUAAAUGCCUGUUCCACGUCUUGAAGACACAAAAAUGCCACUGGUUAUAUAUAUAUUAGUGUUUGGAAAUGUUA